GAACGACGUGACUCAGAGCCGCCACCGACGAUUUUAGUACUAAACAAGUGUAAUACACUAAUACUAAACAAGUUACACUUGUUUUUUAACAAUACUAAACAAGUGCGACUGCGUUUACAAUACGACCGCAAAAGCAGCUAACCGGUUUCUCUAUAAGAUCGCAUCCUGACUCCUGAGAGAGUGGAUAUUAGAACUGAAAAGCAAGAAAGAAAAGAUGGUGUUGACAAUCUAUGCGCCUUUAUUCGCAUCUUCCAAGAGAGCUGUGGUGACGUUGGUGGAGAAGGGAGUAGAGUUCGAGACUGUCAAUGUCGAUCUCAUGAAAGGAGAGCAGAGGCAGCCUGAGUAUAUUGCCAUUCAGCCUUUUGGUAAGAUCCCUGUGCUCGUUGACGGUGACUACAAGAUCUUUGAGUCGCGUGCCAUCAUGAGGUACAUAGCAGAGAAAUACAGAUCACAAGGACCAGACUUGUUGGGAAAGACAAUUGAAGAGAGAGGACAAGUAGAGCAAUGGCUUGACGUGGAAGCAACAAGCUACCAUCCACCACUACUAGCCCUAACGCUGAACAUUGUCUUUGCACCACUCAUGGGCCUUCCUGCUGAUGAGAAAGUUAUAAAAGAGAGUGAAGAGAAGCUUGGUGAAGUUCUUGACGUGUACGAAGCACAGCUUUCAAAGAACGAAUACUUGGCCGGAGAUUUCGUGAGUCUAGCUGAUUUGGCUCAUCUUCCCUUCACCGAGUACCUCGUGGGUGCUAUUGGGAAGGCUUAUAUGAUCAAAGAUAGGAAGCAUGUGAGCGCGUGGUGGGAUAAGAUUAGUAAUCGUGCUGCCUGGAAGGAAGUUUCUGAGAAAUACGCAUUGCCGGUUUAGAAAAAAAAAACAAUGAGAUGGGGUUUGUUUGUUGUUGUGAUGUGAUUUGGGGAUUUGUGUGAGGCUUUGUGUACUGUGUGGGUGUCUGUUUUCAGGUCAAUGUCUUUUGUUUCUAAUAAAAACUCACUCUGUUUUACCAAAAAUAUCAAAGGUUGUUGAAUAAUGAAAGAAACAACUAGGCAUGGGCAUCUGUAACAGAAGUUGAGAUCUGAACCUCCACAACAACAGAAUCCGUAUCUCAUGAAAAAUAAACCGGGUUUUCUAGGAUGGUAUUUCACUAUUUUGGGUAUCAGAUAUUUAUCCAAGCCCGAAUGAAUAUCUGAAAAACCUAAAAUUCAAACAACUUAAAAACGCCGACUUAUUAAUCAUAUGAAUUAGUAUCUGAAAUGAGU